UAUACACUUAUUGUAACUUUAACAUCUCUUUUUGGGUGAAAUUACUCCAACAUUUACGUAUGGAUGUGUUGUCGUCAGUUCUUCACAUGUUUAGUUGGCAUACAUUGUAUGUUCCGACCAAGGUGACGAUGUCAACAUGCAGACGCCCGUGCAGUCCAUCAUCCACAGUGGCUACUUCCACCCAACCCUCAGACACUGGCAAACCUGUGCCACGGAUUUAAGAGCGGAAAGUUUGAUAUACCCUAUUUUCAUCACAGACAGUGUUGAUGCUGUGGAGCCCAUUGGUAGCCUGCCUGGACAAGCCAGAUAUGGGGUAAACAAACUUGAAGGAAUGCUGCGGCCACUGGUUGAGAACGGCUUGAAAUGCGUGCUGAUCUUCGGGGUCCCUGCAAAAGUAGUCAAGGAUGCCAGAGGGUCAGGGGCAGACACAGACGACACACCAGCCAUCACAGCGGUAAAAACGAUCAGAUCUUUGUUUCCAGAACUGCUGGUGGCAUGUGACGUCUGCUUGUGUCCGUACACGAUACAUGGUCACUGUGGUAUCCUCAAUGAAGAUGGUUCUCUUGACAAUGAUGCCAGCUGUUUGAGACUGGCAGAAGUGGCACUGUCCUACGCCAAAGCUGGUUGUCACAUAAUUGCUCCUUCUGAUAUGAUGGAUGGCAGAGUCGGAGCAAUAAAACAAGCUUUGCUGUCUAAUGGUUUGGGAAACAAGGUGUCCGUGCUGAGCUACAGCGCCAAGUUUGCCUCCUGUUAUUAUGGUCCCUUCAGAGAUGCUGCACAGUCCAAACCAGCUUUUGGGGACAGACGCUGCUAUCAACUCCCGCCUGGAGCGAGGGGGCUGGCACUUCGAGCUGUGGAGCGAGAUGUGAAAGAAGGAGCUGACAUGCUGAUGGUGAAACCAGGUCUGCCGUAUCUGGACAUUGUUCGAGAGGUCAAGGACAAGUUCCCGAUGCAUCCCCUUGCUGUGUACAAUGUGUCGGGGGAGUUUGCCAUGAUAUGGCAUGGAGCGCAAGCAGGUGCAUUCGAUUUGCGAGCUGCAGUGAUGGAGGCCAUGACUGCCUUCCGCAGGGCAGGUGCUGACAUCAUCAUUACCUACUACACCCCUCAGCUGCUCACCUGGCUGAAAGAGUGAAGAACGAGGCCUUUGGCGAGGACGGUCGGAUGAAGUCGUGAGCUUUAAAACCAAAAAUCUGACAACACCGGGGCAAACAAAGCCCUUCUUGGUAAACAUUUACUCCUAUUUACUGGUAUUUUGCAAACUGAGCCAUUAAACAAUGUGAGAUUAUUGUUUCAAAUUAGAAGUAUUCAUCUAAGUCUAUGAGCACCAACUGAUGAAGCCUACUCGGAUGCGAAAAACCAAACAGUCCAGUUGCGAUCGUUCGAAUGCCCUGAGAUGACUAUGACCUGGAUGAAUGAGAACAUUUAUAGACGUAUUAUGACAGGGGUGUGAAAGUCAAGGCCCGCGAGCCAGAUCCGGCCCGCGAAUAAAUUAUCUACGGCCCCCGGGAUGAUAUUUGAUUAGUAUUAGAACCGGCCCGCAGGCCACAGCCGCCUGCUGCUGUUUUGCACGCACCAACACUCCAUCAGUGUUGGUGCUAGGAAUUUUCCAACCCAGCAAGUCAUAAAAAUGGGAUCCCACCGUACAUUUUUGGGGUCCCACUUUUUUGUAAGCGUUUUGAAAAUGAUAAAUGUAUGCAUUAUCCUGUUAUAUCUCACAUUCUAUAUUGUGUUUUGGAAAAAGGUUGGCAUAAACGUUACUUAAUUCAUUAAAAAAAAAAGAAUACAAAAGAAAACAAUUUUCUAUGCAUAUGUCAAUUUAUUCACUUAAUAAACAUUCAUUCACUUUCUUCUUUCCUUCAUGGAUCUAAACUUUACCGCCGCCGGUAUUGUUUUCCAUAUUGUUAUUGUAAUAUUUUCAGAAUGUGUUCCUUCUACUUUUGGCCAAAGUAAGACAAAGAAAACAAUCUGAAGUUGUCUUUAUUUUUGUAGUUUUAAUGCCAUAGUUAGUUUUUUAGUUUGAAUAGUUUUAAUGGUGUCGAACUCUGCAGAUUGGCCCCAGUCCACAAAAACAUUUCAACAUCACACCCAAAAUAAUUGGGCAUAUAUCAUACUUGCCAACCCUCCCGGAUUUUCCGGGAGACUCCCGAAAUUCAGCGCCUCUCCCGAAAACCUCCCUGGACAAAUUUUCUCCCGAAAAUCUCCCGAAAUUCAGGCGGACCUGAGUGACGUGUCGACAGCCUGUUUUCACGUCCACUUUCCCACAAUAUAAACAGUGUGCCUGCCCAAUCACGUUAUAACUGUAGAAUAAUCGAGGGCGAGUUCUUGGUUUCUUAUGUGGGUUUAUUGUUAGGCAGUUUCAUUAACGUCCUCCCAGCGCGGCAACAACACACAACAACAGCAGUCAUGUUUUUGUCUACCGUAAAGCAGUUCGUCUGCCGUAAACAGCAAUGUUGUGACACUCUUAAACAGGACAAUACUGCCAUCUACUGUGCAUGCAUAUGUGACAAUAACAUCUACGGCUUUUAGAGAGUGCAGUGCACAACUGCGCACACAACAAGGAGACGAAGCAGAAUGCAUCAUCAGAGAGGGUGUUCAGCAUGGUUAGAAAAAUAG